AUGAUAGAAUUAAAAAUUAUCUAUGACCAAGAGGCAAUAAGGAAUCCCCAAGUAGCUGCUAAUUAUCCUUGGCCAACAGCUGAGUCCUCAAUGCGCCAAGCUCGUAGGAAAACCGUUCCUCCUUCACCAACUACUCUACGCGAAUUAGGAGAGUUUUUAGAUGUAAAUAAUGACCGAUACCAAUGCAGUAAUCAACCAUUUUAUAAAGAAUGGAUAGUAGACAAUCAUGGGAAAUUCAGCAUCAUGUUUGCUUGUGAUAAUCUUAUAUCUUCAGUAGUUCAUCAAGGCAGUACAGAGUUACAUGCAGAUGGAACUUUUAAAGUAGUACCUCUUACUCCACAUAGUAGACAGCUGUUUAUAAUCCAUCUAAUUCUGCAAAAUCACUCUAUUCCUGUUUGUUUUGUGUUAAUGGAAACCAAGAGUGAGGCAUCAUAUAAAAAAGUAUUAGAAAGAUUUAGAGCGAAAUACCCCAAUGUAAGACCAACCUCAGUUUGGAGUUAA